AUGCGUACUGGUUAAACAAGUUUAUUUCAACUUCUUGACACGGUAAACGCAACAGCAUGAUGGGGACGCUCGUGAUGCUGACGUGUAUCCUAGUCGGGUGUUUUCAGGCGAUAGGAGGGAUGCCACCUUUGGAGCGAGAUCUCAUUGAGUUGUUGGAAAUCGCAAGAGGUCGUCAGCAUUCUACUAAAAAUCACCGUCCAAGUUCAUCGUCCUCGUCCUCGUCGGCCUCAUCGUCCUCGUCCUCGUCGGCCUCAUCGUUCUCGUUCUCGUCCUCGUCCUCGUCGGCCUCAUCGUCCUCAGAAGAAGAAGAAGUAGAUAUUUCGGAGUCGGGAUUUCCCUCUAUCUCAGGGCCUGAAAAUUUCGAUGAUAAGAUCGCCAUUAUUGGGGCGGGGCCUGCUGGCAUUCACAUGGCUUUGAAACUGAAGAGGGCAGGAUUCCAAAACGUUAUAGUGUUUGAGAAGGAAGAUAAAGUAGGCGGAAAGUCGAAGACUCUUACUUACCGAGAUGUAGUUCAUGAGAUGGGAACAUGUUAUACCCAGCCGGAUUACACAGAGCUGUACGAACUUCUAGAAACUUACGAUGCUGGAAAUCUGAUUCCGGUACCUGGUGUCACAGUAUGGAGGGGAGAAGUCAUGAUUCCAGGACAAGUUAACACACUAAUCCCUGUCGCCCAAAGCUUGCCCGAGAAUGCGACUGUUGAAGAUAUCCAAAACGCCUUCCUUGCCGCGGUUAACCGAUACGUAACUGUUCAUCAGCAAUUAUUUGGAAAUUACUCCGGUGAAUUGAUGCCUCGUCCGGAUGAAAACGUAUUUAAAAAGGAACUCAACAUGACGUUUUUGCAGUUUUUGGAGAAGUAUGAAGCAGAAUCUCUUGCACAAAUCUUUCUUCAGGCGCACACAAUCCAGGGCUAUGGCCACUUGGACGAAAUUCCGGCAUUGUAUGGAUUGACAUGGUUGACCCCGAACUUUCUAUUAAAACUUCUAGACCCUCCACCAGAAGAAGUAUCGUAUAUCAAACUACUGAGUAGAGGUUAUCAAACGGUAUGGGAGGAAAUUGUUAGACAGGAAAACAUCGACGUUAGACUUUCCAGUCCUGUCCGAAAGAUAUUUCGAAAGGGGAAAAAGGAACGAGGAAUGAGAAGAAAGAACCGUUCGGAGUUCACUAUACUAUAUGAUAAUGCUUACAUCUACGGACGAACAGAAGAAUUUGACUUUCUGAUACUGACCCCCGAGAUGAAACUGCUAUCCGAUUUAGAAAUCAUUGACUUCAACGAAGAGGAAAGUGCCCUGUUUGAGAAAAUGAACCAUUAUUAUUACGCAACGUCACUGGUCGAUACUACAUACGGAGGUCGUAGGGGGUUAACGCCACAAAGCUACUUCGCUGAUAAUGUGGAAUCAAAGGAGGACAUGAAAGUUUGGGCUAAGCGAGACUCAUAUAACAGCCUCGUAUAUAAUGUAGGAGAGAAUUACACCAAAGGCUUGGUUCCCGGAGCUCCAGAUGGAAAAUUCAUACAAACCUCGGUAUAUUAUCAAUUCUCAAAAGCAAGACCUAACGAGACAGAUCUAGAGAACGAGUUAAAGACACACAUUGAAGAUAGAGAGGAAGCAACUGUGUUGAACAUCCGCGAUGUCUUCAUAUGGGAUUACUUUCCACAGUUCUCCGUUGCUGACAUUGCAUCAGGAAUAACAUGGGAUAUAUUUGACAUCCAGGGAAAGCAUAAAAUUUGGUAUGCAGGAUCCUCUGUGUAUUUCGAGUCAGUUAAAUCUGUUUUGGAGUACAACAACCUGAUAUUCCGUCAGUACCGCCUGCCCGAAGAAGAAUAGUACCUCAACAAAAAAUUGAUUUCCAUUUCGAAGCAGACCAGAUCUAGAAUAUAUUACAGAUCAUUUACUUCAAAAGUAUGAGCUUAUGCUACAGUUAUAUCAUAUCAAAUAUCUAAAAUAGUGUAACGAGUUUGGAGCCAUAUUUCUUUUACGUCAGUAUAUAUAGUUUUAUACAGUAGCACAAAAAGAAAGAACCCGAGCGCUUUACCCCGGCAAUAUUGUAUUAAAACCCUUCACCGACCCGUACGGAUUCGUUGUUUUCAAUGAGACGAAAUCGAUCAACAACUAAAUGGCAUACAUGAGUCACCCAGGUGACAGAUUUUGAUCGCCUUUCAUCCAUCGUCAUGUUGUGCGAUGUGGUCGUGCAUUAACAAUAACAUUUUCUUCUCAGAAACCGUCAGUAAGAUUUUAAUGAAUUUUAUUAAAUUAUUAGCCAAUUAUGGGGAUGGUAGGGAUCAUCAUCGUUACUCAAAAUGAGUCUGCCUCCAAGGGAUUGAGGGUUUGGACAGUAAUUAGUCACAAAGUGUAGAAACCUUCAAAAGACUUCUCCUUUGUAACUUACCGUAAUGGGUUGGUGCUUUGAUAACUUGGAUAAGAUUUUACGCU